ACUAGCGGUACCACAGAAUUUGACCACUCUGAUUCAUAGUUGGACAAAUACUUCACCAAGAGGACAAUAAAACAUCAUUUUGAUGACGCAAUUAAAACACCCAUCAUUGUACUAGAUACUUAACAAGAACCCCCAUACCACUGGUUUGCUGAAAAAAGUAGUACAUCUACUAAAUAGACAUACGUGUGGUUUGAAAAGGGAGCGGAUAUGGUGACAUCACAUUUGUUGUUAUUAUAACAAUACUAGUCUCUAACCAAUAUGAAGGUAGAAUUGUGAUGACUUUUUAUUAGUUUAGUUGACCUAGUGUAAAAUCAAAACAGGUGUAUAAUUGUCAUUAUGAAAAAUAUGUUUAAAUAAUAAUAAAAAAUAUUUUUUUUUGUAUUUUCUGCCCAAAAAAUUGGUCGUCGGUCACCGGAAUAUGCUUUUUUGUUGACGGAAUAUGCUUACCGGCGUCGGAAUCUAGUCAUCGGGGCCGGAAUAUGCCUAUCGGCGUCAGAAUCUGCUCACUGACGGUCACCGGAGUUCGGUCAACGACCACCGGAUGUAUGGUCUGCAUUGUGAGAUUUAUGGUUUGGUUUCUCAUAUUUUUUUAUGCCUUUUGUGGUUUGCUUUCUCGUGUUUGUGGUUUGCAUUGAGAAGUUUUUGGUUUGCUUUCAAAAACUUUGUGGUUUGCAUUGAGGGGUUUCUGGUUUGUUUUAAUAUAUUUGUGGUUUGCAUUAGCACGUUUAUGGUUUGUUUUUUUGUGGUUUGAUUUACUGUGUUUGUGGUUUGCAUUAGGAGGUUUCUGGUGUGCUUUCGCAAAUGUUGUGGUUUGCUUUGUGAGGUUUGUGGUUUGUUUUAGGAGAUUUGUGGUAUGCAUUAUUGUGUUUGUGGUUUGGAUUACAAUGUUUCUGGUGUGGUUAUAAAAUAUUUGUGGUUUGCUUUGUGAAAUUUCUAGUAUGUUUUAGAAAAUUUGUGGUAUGCAUUAGUAGGUUUAUUGUAUGCUUAGUAUUCUCUAUAAUACAUAUAACCACAAUUGCAUUCCAUAAUUCCCAAACCAAAGUCAAACAUUGUGGUUAAUAGUUGAAAGGUUAUCAAAUCAAUUUAACCUCGUUGUCUGCUGUGGACUUCUUCCAUUUUCCCCCCAAUUCUGUUUCACAUUCUCCCGCUGACGGCUUUCCUUUCUUGUAUUUGUCUUUCCUGCAACAACUAUCGGAAUUUGGAUUCUGUAGAUUUCGACUUCCCCGCCGGUGACGAUUCUUUCGACUCAACCGGCGAAUCUUAGUAAAGAAAAAUGUGGAAGCUUAAGAUAGCCGAUGGAGGGAGUAAUCCAUGGCCGAGGACUACGAACGAUCAUGUAGGAAGGCAAGUCUGGGCGGCGGCGGGCAGGUGGACCCCACCGCCGCCAACACUGCCUUCUACGCCGCCCUCGCCGUCUUCUGCGUGGUCGGCGGAGGCCUGUGCAACGUCGCCGGCCCCCGGCUCAUGCUCCCCGCGGGAUGCAUCACUUACGCGCUCUACGCCUGGUCCUUCCUCUACUACAACCACUCCCGUGACCAGACGGUCAUCGUCGUUGCCGGCGGGAUGAUGCGGUCGGUGCAGGGAGCGGUGUUGAGAUUCGCCAGCGCCGGAGUAGGAUUUCUCCACCGAGGAGAGUUGGAAUUAGGGAUUAGAUGGCAGUCGGAGGAGGACACCGUAGAUGGAGAACAGAGCAGAGGGGAAUGGCUAAUUUUUAUUUUUAUUAUAAAUUUCCAAUUUUGGCCUUAAUGAAUUAUGUUGUUACAGUAACAACAGAUAGGGUGUUGUUAUUCUAUCGUAUCCCGUUUGAAAAUAUCAUGGUAAGUAGUGAUGGCAAUAGGAGAAACAUGACAAGUACUUCAAUACUCACAUUUGGUGUGCACAAUAUGCGGAUCAAGUCGAAUAAUAUUAAUAGAACGAGUUCACAUCAAGUCGGAUAAAUAUUAACCGAAAGAAUUUAAAUUAUCAUUUAAGGUCAUCAACUAGAAGUACAGAUCCACAAAAUCCAAGUGAAUGGGAUUUGCAAUAAAGUGGCGGCGAUUCAGUCGGAUCACAUUGCCAUUGUUUGCAACAUUUCCAUGAUGACAAAACAUGAAGCAUGCAACAUAUUUCAACAUAUUCCAUUAUGGACUCGGCAUCCCCGCAUGGAUUCCACUCACACAGUCACACCCUCCUCUGCCAUACCUUCCUUCCUACCGCAAACCUGUAGAGGAAAACGUAGGAGGAGGCACAUUCUUUGCUUUUUAUGUUCACAAACAUGGAGAACAAUCCGUUCGUACAAAAGAGAAAAAGUUCCGUUUCUUACCGAGUUAAACCGAAACGGAAACAACUAGAAUAUAAAUCGAUUCAGAAUCAAAAACUCAAAACCGAUAAGAUUAUUGUCGGUCAAUUUCGGUUUAAACCUAAACACUAAACCUAGUGCAGACUAAACACUCUAAAUUAAAUGUAGGUUUAGUAAUCAAUUUUAGUUGUUACAUUACUCUCUUUUUUUUUGUUUUUACUGAAAUCACGACAUUAGUCUAACAUGACAUGAUGUAACCUAGAAUUACAAGUUACAACUAUUCCAAACAUUUGUGCUCAUAAGUUUGUUCUUGUAAUGGGCUGCAUUAAGAUGAAUUUAUGAAGGUGUCCCUAGCAAGUUUAAGAGAUACAUACAUGUGAUACAAGUAAAUCAUAAAAGAUCUCAAUUUGUGCUAUUUCAUCCAUACCAUGUGCAUUGUAUUACAACUGAAGAUUGAUAUAGUUUUGAGAUGAACUAGAGGAAUGCACUCAAAAUUCUUGUAUAAGAAUGGGAUAGGAUGAACAACCGCAUUAGUAGAGCUUUCAAACUAGUUACAAUAGCAGUUCGGUCCAAUUGCUUGGAUAGUAAGAGAUGAGCCAAAUGGUUUUUCAGGGUUGGAUAUUGAAUGAGAUGAAUCACUCUAAUUUAACUAGUCCACUGAGUCACUCUUUCAAGCAUAAUUUUUUUUAACAAAAAGAAUAUUAUAUAGCGUGAACCGAGACCAUCUGCUUUGAACAAAUUUUACUUCUUCUUUCGCUUUUAUUCAUUUUCUACCUACUUACUGUAUUUAAGCGAUCCACUACCGACUACCAUCACUUUUUUUUAUAAAAGACUACCGAUGUAAUUAAUAAUUUGAAUUUAUUUUUUAUUUUUUAUUUUGCGAGACAACCUGAAUGAUCUAUCAGAAGUUUUGGCGUUGGUUGACAUGGAUUUGAAAUUAUUGACUCAUAAAUUAGUGUGUUAUAUAUUUCCAAUGUUUAUAUAGAGUACACAAUAUGUUUUCAAGGACGAAACCCAUUUUUGUUUUUAGAAUUACUGCUUUAUUUUACACUCAAAAUAUGCAGCCCUACUUUUAUUAACAAUGGAUAUAAACAAUGACUUGGGUUAUAGUACCAAACUCCGGCCCGUAAAACCGUACAAAACUCAAACUCCUGGUUAUAUAAUCGUAUCAUCACAUAGUGAUACGAUAAUACGAUGAUAGGACACGAUGAUACAACCGGUUUUAAUAAGUUUACUACGAUUAA